CUGUGGGUUUGUUUUAUAAUCAUCAUUUUGGCUUAUUCCUCUGAGCCAUGAGUAACUGUAGCAGUCGUGCCCUCACCCUUCUCAGCAGUGUCUUCGGUGCCUGUGGUCUUCUUCUUGUUGGCAUUGCUGUCAGUACUGAUUAUUGGCUUUACAUAGAAGAAGGAAUUGUUCUGCAGCAGAAUCAGACAACUGAAGUCAAGAUGGCACUACACUCGGGACUUUGGAGAGUCUGCUUUGUUGCAGGUCGUGAAAAAGGCAGAUGUGUUGGGUCAGAAUACUUUCUGGAGCCAGAAGUUGAAGACAUCACAACUGAAAACACAGCAAACAUUCUCAAGAUGGUCCGCACUGCAACUCCAUUUCCAAUGGUCAGUCUCUUAUUCGUCUUCACUGCUUUUGUCAUUAGCAACAUUGGGCACAUUCGUCCUCAAAGAACAAUACUGGCUUUUGUAUCUGGAAUAUUUUUCAUACUUUCUGGUCUUUCUCUCGUUGUCGGACUGGUGCUGUACAUUUCAAGCAUCAAUGAUGAAGUCAUGAACCGACCGAGGGAGUCAGAAAGCUACUUCCAUUACCGUUACGGGUGGUCAUUUGCCUUUGCUGCAUCAUCCUUUCUUCUUAAGGAGGGAGCUGGUGUGAUGUCAGUAUACCUCUUUAUGAAGCGAUACACAGAAGAAGAGAUGUACCGCCCUCAUCCUGCCCUUUACCGUCCUCGACUAAGUGACUGCUCUGACUAUUCUGGGCAGUUCCUCCAUCCAGAAAUAUGGCAGCGUGGCCGAAGCCCAUCGGACAUCUCCAGUGACGUCUCCAUCCAGAUGAACCAGAGUUAUCCACCCGUAAUGAAGUUCCCUGAGCACAUUCGGAUGUCCACAUCCCCUUGUUAAUAUGCCAGUGAUAAAUUAUAAACAAUUCCUGAGUAAAAAAAAAAAAAAAAAAAGUAUAGUUUUUUAAAAUUGAAAAGAUUGCUGAACUAAUAUGGCACAUUCAUUGAGAAGUACCUGAUAAAUUAUAUCAGUUACUAAAAACUGGCAAAGUUGCAGCUGUGCAAUACUUAUCUUAUGGUGGCUUGUGGGACUCAAAUGCUUUAUAAGUGAGCAAGUACACAUUUCUUCCAGAUCUACAGAACUGUUAAAAUGGGUAACUUAAUCAAACCGUUGUUCUACAGCUUGGAUCACUAGUUACACCAGACAGUGACUGAAAUCACUAAUGAAAUAGUUCCAUCUAUGGAAGUAACAUUAUGGAUAAAAUGAAACAAAGCAUACAUUGAAGGAAACAAUGCAGCUGUGCAGAGUCUAAAAUACAAGUUGUACAAAAGACAAACUGAUAGGAAGCAAUUUGUUUUCACCUCUUAGUUUUUUUUUUUAUAUUUGCAGCUCUUUUUCCUCUUUCAUUCACACAUUCCUUUUUUGCAGAUGUAACACAAAGGGCACGUACAAAGUGAAACAUAUAUUAUGCAGAAAAUGCAACUAACUCCAAGGCUGAAAUCCUCAAAAAUAUGUAAAAAAGAUUAAAACCAAUACCGAGUAUCACUAUGGUAAUGUGCCAAUUAAUGUUGAGGGUACACUGAACUGUAAGAAGUCAAUCUAUCUUUCUUGCCCCCCCCCCUUUUCCUGCCCCAUUACUUUUCACCCUUAAAGAGAUACAUUAAUACACAAGACUCAGAAUUUUUCUCUAUUGUCAUUAUGAGUAUGAAUUAUGGUUUAUUUUAUUUUUUUCAAAAUAUAAAGACAGGUGUUCUCUGAAUUAUUAUUCCAAGUUACUAAAUAUGUAGUAAUUUGUACUGCAGUAAGGACUUUGGUUAUAAGCUGAGUCUAAGUGUGAAGCCCAGAAAUUACUCCAGGAAAAUAAGUUAAUCUUCAAUUAACAAUGUUCCAGAUUUUUGCUGAAUCAACGCAAAUCUCAAUCAUUUCACAACAAACAGUCACUGAAGAUGCCAAUUUCCAUUUUGCAGUUGUUAUUCUAUUCCACUGUAUUAAUUAAAGUUAAGUAAUAUGAAACAAAGUACAAAACUUGUUCAAGACUGGCAAAACCCCUCAGGCUACUGAAUAUCUUUUUUAGUAAUUUUCUUUUCAUUUUUUUCUCUUUCUUUACACACAGCAAGCUGUCAUAUCUAUUGCAGAAAAUAGCUUGUUUGCAGCCAUACUGAAUGGGUAGUAUAUAUAUAUAUAUAUAUAUAUAUAUAUAUAUAUAUAUAUAUAAGGAAAUUGUGACAUUUGAGUGGCAUGAUUCUUCUUACAUCUAAAAUUGACACAUUUAAUUAAAAAAAUAUGUUGCUUCACUAACUACGCCAAAAUGCCCACAAUCUCUCUCUCUCUGUCUAUAUAUACAUAUAUAUAUAUAUAUAUAUAUAUAUAUAUAUAUAUAUAUAUAUAUUGUGUUAACUCUUACUCUUGUGGCAUUGGUCAUGGCUGAAAGAGCCCAUGGUGGCCAGUUUACUAAUACGGCUAACAUAUCAAUAUAACAACAUUUAAAUAAAAAAAAAAAAACUUAAGGCAUGGUUAAAAAAAACCUAAACCAUUAAAUGAAAAGUACUGUUAAGCAGCGAAAGAAAGAAGGAAUGAGAAAACAAUUAAUGAAGGAUGCGAUGGCAUACUGGGUACCAGGGCAUGGACUUGUUACUACUAUGUGGACCUUUUUCAAUUAAAUAAUCUUAGCAGAGAUUGACGACAGUCAUCCACAGUGACUGACUCAAAAAUGCUGAGAUUUCAGAGCUGAAGAUUAGUUUCAAAAACCAAAGGUGGUUUUGGCAUAUAUCUAAACUAUUGAGUUUUUCUUUAAGGGAAACAGCAGUCAUUUUAGUGUUCAACACAAUUAACAGUAAAAAGAAAUAUAUGUAUAGAUAUGCACAAGUGCAUAUGCAGAUGCGCAUAUACACAGAAAAUCAUUUCUCAAAGUCUUAAUGCCUUAUUUUGACUAUUUCAGAGACACUUGUGAAUGUAGUUAACAUAGUCAGAAGAAAGCUAUCACAUAGACCGUUUUGUAAAAUUAAGUUAGUGUUCUUGUUAUUAAUCUUAAUGUUUUAAUACAUUCACUCUUUCAGUAGUUCACAAUUUAUCCAAGUUUACACAUCACUAAUAAUUUUGGUGACAACUUUCCUUUUUGUCAUCAUGGAGAGAAAUGAUAUGCUUUGCCAGUAAUUUAUUCUGGAGGAUAAUUCUACAGAACGUGAUCAUCCACAUUUUAUACUGGUAAAUUAUCAGAAAUGUAAAACCGAAUUGGUUUGAUUGCCAGUCUGCAUUUUCUCCUCCUUAUAGCACAUUAUGUGCCACCACUAUGUACUGUACUAAGUCAUGCAAAUUCUAAAAAGCUAUGACAGUGACUUGGUGGCUUAUCAGAAUGUUACUGCUUAUCAAUAUUAUUUUCAGUGAUAAACAGAGAUGCUGAAAAUGUAGCGCAGAGUUUUGCAAAGAUUUCUAAGAAUGAAGAGUUCUGUAGCACAGCAUGCAAUGAAUGAUAUUUAAAAACAGAAACAAAUAUGUCGAUUGCUAGCUUUUCAUUUUUAGCAGAAAAUAAACUGUUUUUAGACACAAGACAUUUAAGGACAUCAA